ACUUCCCUCGCCUCGAUGCAUGGACUCGCAGUGUCCACUUUCGCAAUUACGCUCUCUCUCUCAAACACCAAACGCAAUCAGUCCUCUGUCAAUCUCGGUGGUUGCCAACUCUCCAGACAACCCAUCUCCUUCAUAGUCAGUUCGUCUCAAGACAAGUUUUCGAUAGGCAUAGAUUUGACUGGUUGACCUGGCACCACGAAGAUGAAGAGCGUUCGCAAGAUGAUGGACUCGCUGCACAACAAUGGGAGUUUCCACCGAUCAUUGGGGCACAUUGAGUUGUCUUCGGAUGGCGAAGACGAUUUCCACAAGGCGGGUUACAGCAGCAAUGAUAGCAGUGACAGCAGUGAGAGCAGCAUCGGCAGUGAGAACAGUUUUGCGUGUCUCUUAAAUGAACUGGAAGAUCAAGCUGCGUUCAUGGCGAACAAGGCUGAGAAAGCAGUCCAUGAUUCGGAGGGAACUGAAAAAGACGAAGCGGUGGCAGCGCAGGACAACGAUCCUCUGUCCCCCCAGAGCCCCACCUCUGUCGUGGAUGUCAUGGAGGCGUCGUCCAUGGAUGCGUCUGCAGCGUCGUCUCUCCCCGGCAAGCCCAAAACAAGCCCAAAACUAGCCUCUUCCAAAGGAUCGCCCAGCAACCCGAAUGGGAAAAAACACGUUCUAGGAAGGGCCCAGUCUUUUGGCAAUCUAUUGAUUGACACUGAUGAAGAGGGGAAAGGAAUAGAUAACAGUAUCAGCAGCAAAAGACGCGCCAAGAAAGGAGCGGCAGCCAGCAAGAGACACGCCAACUUGCGCAAGAGCCAAUCCCUAAGAGGGCUAAGGUCCAUUGAGAUUGACGUUGACAAGGAUUUGGAUUCCUCAAAGAAAAGAGAAAAGACACAAUCAGCAAUGUCCAAGUCGUCUUCGUCCCAUUCCAUUGCAAAAACUACCGGAGCUAGUAAGAAGGGAAGAAGCGUGCGAAAAAGCAAGUCGAUGAGAAGCAUUAUGUCUGCUAGUGGACAGGAAAAGCCAGAACAAAGACAAGCAAAGCCUGUAGGAGACUCUUCCAAUUCGUCGUCGUCGUCACGAAGAAGAACAGCUGGCACCAUGAAAAAGAGCAAGUCGCUGAGGGGGUUGAGAAGCAUUGAUACAGCAGCUCAAGAGCUUUCUUCGACAGGGCACAAGUCAACUGCCAGUCAUGGUCGAAUCAGCAACACCAGCAAGGGAAACAAAACAGCACGAAAACUAGAUGCCACUCUGACAAAAGCCAAAUCUCUAAGAUCGCUGCGGGGCGACAACGACAAGGCCACGGUGGAGGGACCUGCCAACGGUGACAGUGGUGCAGCUUCCUUCGAUCAACCCCAGAAAAGCACUGAUCGGGCUGAUCGGGUUCGCAAAUUCCGCAGGAGUAACAGCAUGUCUUCGCCUUUCAGCAGUGACGAUGCCGCUCCAGCUGCUGGCAGAAGGGGGGAAGGACCAGCAUCCACCGCGGAAGAAAAGACCUCCAAACCAGCGCUCAGGAAGUCCAACUCUCUAAGAAGCCUAAAGACCCUGAAAAAGUCGAACUCAUUGAGGAGCUUGAGGGGCCUGAAGAUGACAUCGGGUGAGGAGCCUUCGGCGAGUUUGAAACCCAGAGGAUUGGUCACAGCAGCGGAAGGACCAGCAUGGACCGAGGAAGAAAAGACUUCCAAGCCAGCGCUCAGAAAGUCCAACUCUCUAAGAAGCCUAAAGACCCUGAAAAAGUCGAACUCGUUGAGGAGCUUGAGGGGCCUGAAGAAGCCAUCGGGUGAGGAGCCUUUGGCGAGUUUGAAACCCAAGAUUAACCCUGGAAACGUUUUCAACCCGCUACACUACCAAGUGGCUGCAAAUGGUACGCCGCCUUCGCCCUCCUCCACCCAGAGAUGCUCGGACGGACUGAAAAAGAGCAAGUCCGUUCGGACGAUAGACAUAUCGAACGAUGAUCUGGCUCCUUCCAGCUUACGACGGGAGGGAAGGUCUCUGGAAGACAAGAAUGGAAAGAAAAUUAGACGUCGCGCACACAGUGCCUCCCGCAUCAUUGGACGUUCAGACGACGACACGAAGGCAUCAGCUAGUAGUAGCAAUCAUUCGAAAAGGCACAGAGAUGGACCAAGUCGCAAGAAAAGUCUAAGGUCUAUCCACAGAGCAGAAGAAAGCGCUAGUACAACACGCCAAAGAAGAUCCAAGGACGGUUCGAGUAAUGGGGCAAAGAGUAGCCGAUCAAGGUCGAUCAACAGGAACGACGACAGCGGCGUCAAAAAAAAGACGAGAUCACGCUCAAGGACCAAGCUUGUAGACGUCAAUCUGGAUUCUGUCGGACAGGCUGCCGAGAGUGUCCAAUCUGGAUCGGUGGACGUGGUCAGUAGAGAUGGAAGAUCUCAGCGAACAAAGAGCAGGCGUACCGGAAGAAUUGAUAAGAACCAGGGAAGCAAGUCAAAGGAGAAUCUUGACGAGAAUCCUGUUAUUAAGCGGGGCAACACCAGCAGAGGCGACAAAGGAAAAACUGACGCCAACAUCGCAAGGCCAUCGGAGCGGGAGCAAGACGACGAAGCGAGCAAAAGGGGCGUGGAAAUUGUGCUGCGAAAAUGCGCAACAAAUCCCAAAAUAAGUGGCUUCAAGGCGAGCCCAAUCUUGACUGUACCGCGUCGUCGGAAAAGCGGUCAAAAAAGCCCCGAGAGCAAUUUAAAUGGUGGGCAAACAAACAGCAAAAAGCGCUCAUCUCUGAGGGGCUUCAAGGACGUCCGAAAUAGGCUUGGUCACUCGCUUCACUCGUCAUCAAAGAUGCUUAAUAGCCCCAAGGGGAGCACCCACAGUGUUGCUAGUCACAGCAUAGGGGGCGGCAGCAUCAGCAGUUUGACAGUGUCUUCACGAAUGUUCACCCAAGAUGAUUUCAGCAUCAGCUCUUCUCAGAGGUCACCAUUUCGAAGAUCGUUUUCUUCUCCGCGGUUGUAUGCAGAUACAUCCAUUGACGAAGAUGAUGAAACAUCUCGCACUGAUUUUGACGAGCAUCCCGUGACAUCACGGUGGGAAUCUUUGCGAACUGCAAGUGCGGAUUGUUUGCCAGUUGCACCAGAUCACGACUUAUCGACCGUUGGAGGAGACUCAACUCGUAAACACAAAGCAGCGCACCGGUGGUCCACGGGCACAAAAAUUGAAAGCAAUAGCAUCAGCAAAAUUCUCGAGGUCGACAAUACACCGGUACCCCCGAACCACGACACAUCGAGCUAUUGUGGUUCUGUGGGCCAACAGUGGGAUGUGUCGCAUAUUCAUCUUCCUGGAACUCCGUCAUACUCUGCUCACUCAUACGCUGGAAUGGUCAGCGAACUUACACCAGGAACAUACAUGGCAGAUCACAGUCGCAACAGCCGCGACUCGUCCACGGCGCGGUCCCCUCUCCAGGCGAAGUUUCAACGUGAUGACGAGCACAGCGAUUUCAACUCAUGGAUGUCAUCGCUUUCCAACCUACUGUUGCACGCUGAAGAUGCAGCUGGCUGCAACGACAAUUCGAAGAAGACGAAGAAGAAGGAUGGAGCACCUCAGAUGGUCCGCCGCCACUCGUUCGACAGCCUGAGCUAUGCCAGUUAUAGCUGUGACGGCGGUCAACACGAGGAGCUCCACGGGUCAACUCUAACGCAUAGCGAGAACGACAGCGCACCAAAGAUGCCAUCGCGGCGGACUUCUGGUGGCAGCAGCGUUUACUACAUUCCAACUGACCGUCAGUUGCAAAGAAACAGAGAAACUACCGUGAUCCCAGAAGAAGCGUAGAUUCUAAGAAUAGACAUGAACCGACUACGUG